AUGGACAUAAAAGGUUUCCGAGUUCACGGAGUCCCUUCAGGGACCAAUCCUAGAGACAUCUACGACUAUUUUGAAAAAUCCGAAAAUGGAGGAACAGAAAUUGAGGACAUUUACUACCCUCUCCAGAACAAUGAUGCUGUUGUUGUUUUUACAAAUGAUGGAUACCAACAUGCUUUUGACAAGAAUCACUCCAUAGGUGGCAAUAAAUUGGUAUUGAGUAAACUUCCAAUACAGCUUUUCGCAAACGUCUCUGUCUUCCUGGAACAAGCCAUUACACAGCUGCUGGAUGAGAACCCCCCGCUGAUGAAAAGCCUUGAGAAAGACAGUGAUGUUGAAGUGGUGUUCGACCCAAAAUUUAUGACGUACAGAAUUGUAGGGAAUCCUUUCCAAAUCGAAUGGACGAAAAAUUUCAUCAUGGACGCAUGGCAAAAAGAUCAGGAAAACAAGAAAAAAAUGACAAAUGGAUCAACGAACGGAGCAACUGAGGGGAAAAGUAAGACCGAGGGCAGAAGAUCUUCGCCAAUGGUGAAUAGCGAAGAGUCGGAAUCUUCGGAGGAUGACAUAUCGUAUUCCCCUCGUAUGACUUACGAAAGUAAGCAGAAUAGAACAGACAUGGAUCGCCGUCACAGUCCAACACCAAGAGACCUUUCAACAGUUUCCAAGAAGACAAAGAAAUCCAAUGACCAUGACAGAGAAACUUUUCGCAGCAAUAUAUCAAGUUCAGAAAUGUACCCCCAGACAUCAAAUGUCAAGUUUAACUCACAGGUUUUAGGGAAAAUGGAUUCGCCUUUAAGGAUGUCAGACUGCAGGGUUUCCUCAAGCGACCCAAGAUCUGCAUCAAAAUCAACGUCUGAGUCGCGCAAGCCUGAUAUUACUGAUAAAAUUGCAGACAAGACGAAACCCAAAGCAAAACUCCAGAACUUAACAGAUAAUGAGAAGCACGGAAUUCCGUUCAAUGCAUCGUCUCUUUUACAAAGCAGACCUACUCCUAGUCAGUCGUUAUUUGCACCAUCAGUAAAUAAGAAAACACCCCAAGUCUUCAAAAACUACGAUAGUGACUCGGACAGCGAUGACGACAUCAAAGGCAGACGACGAGUUCCAGAGGAAUUCUCGGUUAGAGGCGAAGAAAGGAGGUACAGACCACCACCACCACCGAUUCCGCCACCACCCUCUCGAAAUCUUCACACCGCCUUCCCACCACCGAACAGAAACUUUCAGAUGGGCAUGUCUCUCUGUCAGUCCGACUUUCCUGAGCUGGCCUUGGAGCACGAAACACCCAUAGGUGGAGUCAUCGUGAAGCUAAUUAUGGGUGAUAUUCUCACACAAAAGUCGGACGCAAUUGUCAGUCCAGCCAGUACAGAUUUAUCAACACUUUAUGGAAUAUCUGCUGUGAUAGCUAGGAAUGCUGACAGGAAAAUGAAACAAGAAUGUGCCGAUUACGUUGCUAAAAAUGGUAACCUGCUAUUUGGUGACGUUAUACAUACAUGUGCUGGUGGUAACCUUGACCCCAAGGUCACUUACAUUCUACACGCUGCUGUUCCCUCUUGGAGAGAAGACAGUCCAGAACAGUCUUGUCAUCUGUUGACCUGUACCUACCUUAACUGCUUUCAGUAUGCUGAUAAAAUCUGGCUCAGCAGUUUGUCAAUGCCGAUUAUCGGUGCUGGUUAUUUUGCUGCUCCUUUGGAUGUUUGCGUACAGUCAUUCCAUGAUGCCAUAUUGCUGUUUACCCACGGCACCAAUCCAUCGAAACAUCUAAAAGAGGUUUUUCUUGUGAGCAAUGACCAGGACAGCGCAUGCUCAAGUGUUGUGGUGUUUAGAUCCUUGAUGGACCUUGAUGAGGACCAAGCAUACAGAGCUGCUGUUGAACGAUACUGCAAAAGAAGUCAACAGUACGAUUUUUCUGCCAGAGAUUUUGUUCUCGAUAGAAGUUCACCAAGUCAAGGUUUGGACCUUGAGAAAGACUGUAGUGGAAAAAAUGACGAAGCUAAGGAAGAAAAAGGAGUCAACGAAGGUAAAACGCAACAAGAAAAAGAAAGUGAGGUGUCUGAGAAAAGAGAGUGUUUCGGUGCAUUUUCAAUAGAAAAUGAGAAGGUAAUGCACACUGGUAUCUGCCAAUCAGAGAGGGCAAAAGACAACAAAGAGGAAAGUUCCGACAAGUGGCAAAUCAAUGAUAGUGAUGACGAAACAAAAGAUGAGGAUGAAGAAAACUGGAGAAAAUCAAACGAUGAUAAUGCGCAAACGAAACACUCUGAAAGCGACUUGCACAAUGUUUCAUUGAAAGAAAACGACGAUGCCUCUUUCCUGGACGAUACUGCUUCAUCAAGUGUCAUCGAAAAAUUAUUGACAACUUGCGGUUCAGACAAAAAUUCUGACGAUAAGAAAGGGGAUAAGAACGCAUCCGAUGAGGAUGAUCUGUAAAUGACUGGCGAAUAUCAUUUCUACAAUGCUCUGGCUAUUCCCCUGUUCUACAGCCACCUUAAUAUAUUGUUGACCUGAAGGCAUGCAAAUGCCUUGUCAUUGUGCAUUAUAUUGGAUUGAAACACUACAAUGUAUACCGUUUUCAGUCAUCGAGUACCGCAUGGUACACUCUAUAUGUUAACGCUGUAAAAAUGUUGUAAAAGUACGAUUAUAUCAGCCAUCAGUUGCCCCAAACUAAAAGAAAUUCUUUAUUCACAUAUAUGUUGGAGUUGUUUUUGUUUUUGUAUACGUAAUUGUUCAUAUAUCUUAAAUUUUU